CCCUAUCUUUCAGCUCGUCCAACCCCAUCAAGAAAGGAGAAGGAAGCUCUCAAACCAUCCUCCAUAGCCACCAAAUUCGAGCUCAAGCAUAAGUGCUCAAAGAAGAAAGAUUAAAGAAGGAAAAAGGCUAGGAAAAGUGUGUAAAUUAAGGUAAUGACCUCAUUAUAACUUUUCCUUUAUUUUUAUCCUACCAUAUGAGAUAUGUAUCAUGUGAAGAACCCUUAAGAGGGUUCUACAUGUUAUAAGUAUGGAUUUAUGGGUUAUGAAGUGAUUCUAUGUCCAAGAACGGUCUUAGAAGCCAAAACGACCGGUUCACCGGAAAAUAACCUUUUUGAGGUUAUUUGUAUUAAUAUGGGUUUUAUGAUUAUAAAACCUUGUUAGGAACUUGUGAAAGGUAUUUCAAGUGAUUUCACAAGGUUGGGAAAGUCGCCGGAAUUGUCGCCGGAGUUGACCAAAAGUCGCCGGAGUUUCACCGGAGUUCAACCAAGAAGGGUAGAACUUCAUAACGCUAAUUCAAGGUUGAAGCUCAAGUUGCUAUUCUCACCUUGCUCGGUGAAGUGAUCCAAAGGGAGACGUGAAAUGGAGGGUAAGCGAAUGGCAACAAGGAAUGACCCUAAGGGAGAAGCGUCGGUAGCUUACCUUGAGGCUAGCCGGGCUGUGUCACGAGCCUUUACGGGGAGAGGAAUAGGCCAUGGGGGCCGUGAGGGCCGCCAAGCGGCAAGCGCUAAUCAAGUGGGCUCGAUGUGUAACAUGAACACCAGGAGGAAAGAACGUAGGCGUCAGGCGAGGCGAGAUCGGGCCACCUCCCAACGUGAUAUGACUGUCAGCCAAACCCAUCCUUGGGCAAACGACCAAGGAGGAGAAAGCACUCUUACGGCACCGGCAUCACCGGUGAAAAAGAAAAGGACCUCAAGGUGGCAUACGUCCUUUCCUUACUCUUUCAGACCAUCCAAAUGUUCGAAUUGCUUUAAGAAACAUUUCGGAAAGUGCAACGAGCCCCCGAUGUGCUACGAAUGUGGGAGCACAACCCACAUGAAAUUAAGUUGCCCAUGGAGGAGGCAACGAGAGACAUCACAAGUCAAGGAAGGGCUCACCGUGGAAGGAAACCAUACGGAACCAACGGCGAGCAACGCUACGUCCGUCAAUCAAGGCAGGGCCCAAGCACGAGACUACGCGAUGACCGAGGCGGAUGCGCGGGCAAACCCGGACUCCGUCUCAGGUUGAAGCUCAAGUUGCUAUUCUCACCUUGCUCGGUGAAGUGAUCCAAAGGGAGACGUGGUUCGUGCUUCCUUUAAUGUUUUAAACUACAAACUUGCUCAUGGAUAUUUUUGUAAUAAAUACAUUUGUUUUGGGCCUGCGUGCCUACGUUUUGGCCAUGUGUGGCCCACGAUUGAAUAUUGAAUAUUUCCGCUAUUCGUUCAAUCCUAUUGUGUGAUGUUGUUAUGUAUGUUUACUUACUGAGUAUGGUAUGGACUAUGUUCAUGGAC